AGGGCGGCGCUCUGGUAAACUGUGUGGCUGUACGUGGGAGGCGGGCAGGGCCUGGCCUGACUUUACAGACCCUCCUUUUCUUGGCGGGGAGCUGGCGUGCGGUCUCGCUCCCCGUUAUGUGCGGAGGCAGAGGGAAAGGGUUGCGGCCCUCCCGGCGUCAUGUCUUCGGUGCCGGCGGCUUCCCGUCCGCCGGUUCUAUCCUCAAACGCCGGGACACGAGUCUCCACGCCGCAGGGAUGCAGCCAGGCCUGGCGGUCUCCUGCGAGAUGCUCACGCGUUUCCAUUUUGGUUUCCAGUGUGCUGACGCCAACCCAGGAUGGACGGCUGACGCGUCACCGCUUCCUUAACUGCUGCACCAAUAAAGGCUGUUUGAACCCAGAGAGGACUGUGUCCGCCUGGUUUUUCCGUAGCUGCAGACUUGGCGGACACUGCGGUUUUCCGCGACUAGGAAUUUGCAGAUCUUCCUUGGGGGACCCCAGACUCCCGCUGGAGUGCGGGUGAUGACACUUUCUCUGGUCGACUUUGUGGAGACCGAUGGCUGCCUUCAGUGGAGUGCUUCAAACGCUGACCUUAGUGUCGGGGAUGCGCCGAGCUUUUACGAGCAGGGAAGGCUCCUUGGCCAGCAGUUGUCUUGCAGACCGAAACCUCUGGGAUCGCCUUCACGCCCAGCCGCGUCUGGGCAGUGGCCCCACCUUCGACUGGUUCUUUGGAUAUGAGGAAGUCCAGGGACUCCUAUUUCCACUGCUGAAGGAAUCACAGGCUUCGUGUCCACUGAGGGUACUGGAUGUGGGCUGUGGGACAUCAAGCCUGUGCACAGGCCUCUAUGCCAAGUCCCCCUACCCUGUGGAUGUGGUAGGAGUGGACUUCUCUUCUGUGGCGGUGGCCCACAUGAACAGCCUUUUACAAGGAGGCCAAGGCCAACCAUCUCUAUGCCCUGGACACCCUUCCUCUAGCCUUCACUUCGUGCAGGCUGAUGCCCAGAAUCUGGGAGCCCUGGCUUCAUCAGGUUCCUUCCAGCUACUGCUGGACAAAGGUACCUGGGAUGCUGUUGCCAGGGGUGGUUUGAGUGGGGCUUACCAGCUCCUGUCAGAAUGCCUGAGGGUCCUGAGUCCCCAGGGGACCUUGAUUCAGUUCUCUGAUGAAGACCCUGAUGUGAGACUGCCCUGCCUGGAACAAAAAUCCCAUGGCUGGACUGUGACUGUGGAGGAGUUAGGCCCUUUCAAGGGGAUCACCUACUAUGCUUAUUUGGUUAAAUCCUCUCAUUAAAGAUCAGCAUUUUCUAUUGAGCAAUGAGAA